CACAGCUCUCCUUGAGGCCCCCCCCCCACCACCACCACCAGCAGAGGCUGGACACGGCCGCCACUCAGAUUAUGUCCAGAAUAUAAGUGAUUAUCUGUGGAUCAAACAUGUAGAAUGACUCCCUGUUGCUGCUGGUUUUGACGCUUCUCGAUGGGAAAACCUUCUGCGCGUCGUCAUGGUGAUUUUCUGCAGAUCGACAGACGCCAGAUGAGACUUUUGUUGGAUUUACCAGACGCGCAGGAGCAGAUGAUGAGAGUCGGGGGAAGGUUCCAGUUGACCGACUCCUGCUGACGUCACAGGGGUCUCUCGGUGGUUCGCAGCAGAUCAAUCUCAACAACCAGUCGGGGUCAGAGGUCUGAGACCUGAGAUGGAUUCUUACGGCUCCUCGCUGAACCGCAGCCAGUCGCUGGCGAGCGGCCUGGAGAAGACGUCGCCCACGUGGAAACCGUCCCACUCGCGGAGCAGCAGCACUGUGUCGUCCCGUCACUCCAGACAGAUAAUCAAAGACUGGGAGGUGAUUGACGACCUUCAUGGAGAAACUCACACAGGAAGCGAGAACCCUCAGGAAGUGUCGACCCCGGGGAUCUGUGAAGGGUAUCUGCUCAAGAGGAGGAAGUGGCCACUGAAAGGUUGGCACAAGCGAUACUUUGUCUUGGAAGCCGGGAUCCUGCGCUACUCCAAAAAUCAACAAGAUGUCUCCAGGGGGCGGGUCCAGGGCUCUCUGGACGUGAGCCUGGCUGUAAUGUCCAUAAAUAAGAAAUCGAACCGUAUUGACCUGGAUGCAGGAGACAUCCUCUAUCACAUGAAGGCAAAGAGCCAUGAACUCUUCUACAUCUGGGUGACCAAGCUCCAGGCCCAUCGCCUGUUCAAGAAGAAGGAGGCGGCUCAUGGUCACAGCGGCUUCAUCCACACGCUGUGCCUCAGCGCCGGAGGAGCUCAGAGAAACGGAGACGUGGUGGUUCAUUCAGCUGCAGCGUCCGGAGCUCUGCCGUCACCAAACACCGCCGUCAACAGCAAGGUCUCUGCCUGGCUGCAGCAGAGUCGAGACCCGGACACCUGCGUUCAAGAGCUCAACCGAUGCCACUUGGACCUGUCGGAGCUAAACCGCCUAAUCCUGAGGCUGCAGGCGCUGGAGGCCGGCCAGGCUUUCAGCAACGGAGAACUGCAGCGAAUCAUCAGCACACAGAAUCUUUCUCUGGAGAAGCCGAAGAAGCCAAAGUCGGGGAAGAUAUGGGGCCACUCGCGCACGCUGUCCAGAGUGGAGGUCCUGGGAAUGGUAAGACGGCCUAUUCGAGGGAUUUCCAAAUCACUGUCCUCCAGUCACCUGAACAGCUCACCUCAACUCGGGGCAUCGGCCCCCUCCAUCCCAGAAUACGUCUACUCUCAGCUGUCCCCUCCCACCGUCGCGUCGCCCGAGGGCAAGAAAAUCCAGCAGGACAUCUGUGCCACGUCGCUACGAGUGCUCACAUCCCUGAAGUCAGUUCAUGAGACUCUGUCCCAGGAGAGACAGAAAGUACAAGAAGUCUGGGAAUCGAACAUCCGCCAGUCGAACGCGUUAGUCGAGGUGAGAUCUUUGCCCGUCAUCUGGAUUCUCUGGCACCUUUUCCCCAUGUGUUUUUUCUUUUGUUCAUCCCUCCUUCUCCUCCUUCCUCCUCAUCAGCCUGCAGCGGUGAGGCGUUCCUCCCACGGACCUCCUUCGGUGGCAGAUUCGGCGGCGGAGUACUUUGACGCCAGCGAUGACAUCAUCUGCGGUGGUUCCUCUGAGGGGUCGGAGGAAUCAGGACUCAGUGACGGGAGCACGACCAACUCGGAGCCCGAGGAGGGACACGCGUCGGCCACCAGAAAGUACCGCGCCAGCAUUUCCAAGACUCCAAACAGCGUCGCUCCCAAGAGCACCGGAGGUCGAACCACGCUUCCUGCUCACUGUCCCGACAACAGCCACGUGGGCCUCAUGGCCAUUCUCUACAACAACAUAGGUAAAGACCUGGCCCGGGUGUCCAUGCCUGCUGCUCUCAAUGAGCCCGUGAACCUGCUGCAGCGGCUGUGUGAGGAGCUGGAGUACAGCGAGCUGCUGGACACCGCCAACAACACGCCGGACCCCUACCAGAGGAUGGUUUACAUUGCGGCCUUUGCUAUCUCCGGUUACUCCACUGCGACGUUCAGGAACCACUACAAACCCUUCAACCCGGUGCUGGGAGAGACCUUCGAGUGCGUCAGAGAGGACCGCGGCUUCCGCCUCGUCUGCGAGCAGGUCUGUCACCACCCCCCCAUCUCCGCCUGCCACGCAGACUCAGACAACUUCUCUUUUUGGCAAGACCAGCGAUGGAAGAAUAAAUUCUGGGGGAAGUCUCUGGAGAUUCUGCCGACCGGCAUGGUGAACGUGACUCUUCCAAGAUACGGUGACCACUACGAGUGGAACAAGGUCGUGACCUGCAUCCACAACGUGCUGAGUCAGCAGCGUUAUCUGGAGCACUACGGCGAGGUCACCAUCCAAAACCUCAAGAGCAACGUCUGCACUUGCAAGAUAACGUUCGUCAAGUCUCGUUAUUGGGGUUCAGACAUGAAUAAGAACGAGGUGCAGGGCACGGUGCUGGACCAGAGCGGGAGCGUCAUCCACCGGUUCGGAGGGCUGUGGCAUGAGGGCAUCGUCUGCGACACUCUGCCGACGCCAAACUGUGUCUGGAAGCCAAAUCCCCAGCCGAAGGAUCACCAGCUCUACUACGGCUUCUCCAGCUUCGCCAUGGAGCUGAACGAGCUCCACCCGGACCUGAAGCCUCUGCUGCCUCCCACAGACAGCCGCCUGCGCCCGGACCAGAGGCUGCUGGAGGAGGGACAGGUGGACGAGGCGGACAGAAAGAAAGACGGCAUCGAGGAGUUCCAGAGGGCCUGGAGGAAAGAGCUCGGAAAGAAGGGGGAAGAGCACGUUCCACGAUUUUUCAAGAAAGCCAAAGACUCCUGUGGACGGGACGUGUGGUUGACCAACAGAACUUACUGGAAGCUCCGGGAGAAUCCAGGUUUUGCUAAAACUCAAAACAUAACUCUGUGGUGAUGGACAAUAAGAGACACGAGCGAAGAGACACAUAUCUGCGCUGGAUGCUGCAGCAGCAUAUAUGAUCCGCUCUGAGAGACGUGCAGAGCGGAGACGGUGCUGCCGAGCUCCUGGUUUCUGAACCGGACCAUGACCGGCUCAUGGGAACCUUCUAGUCCAGUUACCCAGAGUUCAAUCCAGUACAGAUGUGUAGGAGGAACUUUCUUAUUUAUAUUCAUUUUGUAAUGCAUUUUAUUUAUUUAGAUUAACCUCAGUCAGCAUAUAUAUAUAUGUUUAUAUAUUAUAUAUAUAUAUAUGUGUGUGUUUAUACUUUUUUUGCUGAAGAAAAAAAAAAGAGACUUGAAAUGAAAAUUACUUGAAAAGAAAACUAUUUUAAGAGAAUUGCAUUUGUAUCUGUCAGGUUAGUAAGAGGCCUGUUCUGUUAGUGUAUCGUACGUCAACAUUUCAUUAAAUACGUUGCUCAACUCAA